AAAGUAAUCCUUUCGGUCCUUAAAUUUUGACAUAUUCAUUCAUUUUUUUUUUUACAAUUUAUAAACGUUUUAUAAAGUAAAAAAUGGGUCAAAAAGAAGAUAGUCGUGGAAUGGUUAUAUUCUCAGUAUCAUUUUAUAUUGUAACUGCAUUGAUAAUGGUAUUUGUGAAUAAGUGGGUAUUGAAUAGCGUCUCCUUGCCUUUUACAUUACUUUGGUUUCAAGUUAUUGUGGCAGUGAUUCUAUUACAUCUUACUAAUUUCUUUGGUAAAUUACAAUUACCAGUAAUUGAAAAACAAAAAUGUAUAGAAUUAUUACCAUUAAUAUCAAUAAAUAUAUUAGGACUCAGUUUUAAUACAAUAUGUUUACAAUAUGUGGAUGCAAGUUUUUAUCAAGUUGCAAGGGCAUUAAUACUUCCAUUUACAGUGAUUUUCUCAUAUAUACUUUUAAAUCAAAAUUCAUCAAAUAAAAUUUUAUUAGCAUGUUUAAUAGUAUGUAUAGGAUUUUUUGUGGGAGUAUCAUCAGAAAGAUUAACUAUUUCUAUAAUUGGUAUAAUUUUCGGUAUAUGUUCGUCGAUAUCAACAGCAUUACAUGCUAUUGUCAUUAAAAAGAGUUUAAAUGUGGUAAAAGGAAAUACGAUGGAUUUGGUUUAUUACAACAAUUUCAUGAGCGCUAUAGCAUUUUUACCAUUAAUAUUUUUAUUCAGUGAACAAAAUCAAUUAUUGAAAUUAUUUAUAAAAAAUCCUAUUACAAACCAGUAUAGUAUGGAAGCAAAAACGUUUCUUAUUGGUAUAUUAGUUACGGGAUUUUUUGGUUUUUUAAUUAACAUAGCUGGGUUUUUACAAAUUAAAGUUACAUCACCUAUAACUCAUAUGAUUUCUUCUGCAUUCCGCGGAGUGGUUCAAACAAUACUUGGAUAUUUACUUUUCGGUGAUUUAUUAACUACCGGUCGUGUUGGUGGAAUUUUCUUAAUUUUAUUUGGUAGUUGUAUCUAUGCUUGGUUCAAAGAUCAAGAAUCGAAACAAGUUCAAAAUAUUUCAAAUAUUGACAAGAAAGUUUAUGACAAAUUGGAACGUGGUGAUUCUCUAGACGAUGAUUGUGAUAGAAUUGAAAUUGUUGAAGAAAAUGAGAAAUAGAUAACUUAUAGAUGUAAUCAUUAUAUAUAUGUAUACCGUAUAUUACAAUGCCUGUACGAUAUAUAUUUUAUAGUUAAAAUAUAUUUUAAUUCAUAAUUUUUUUUACAACUAUAAUAAUCC